UUCUCCUUCUCUCUGUACAUUGUAUUGUUUUUUUAUAUUUUGUCUCCUUCUUCUGCUUAAUGUUUUAAUAGGAUAGCAACAACAUCGUGUUCAGCGACAGCAGUGCUGACACCAUCGGAAAACACGUCAAAUGACGGACCCGCGACCGCAUUCAUGGCACCAGCAGCCUGACAUUGCGAAUUUGUCCCCCGACUCCUACACAGCACAACGGCUGCAACAUGCAACACCGGAGCACCUAUACCUCACCUCGCGGCGCUUCUUCAUCGGCCCCAUUCCUGAAGGAUGGCUGAAGACACACCGCCGUGACUGGUACAAGCACCACCUACACAUCAAUUACUCCUCCCGCACUGCCACCUUCUCCUCGGACCCGAAGGAGCAACGCCAGCGCCGCUUGUCUGGCCUCGAAGGCCCUAGCUCCUCGGCCCUAUACUCGCACAGCUUCCCACAGCCCGAGGACCUAUCUGCCGAAGAAGACGAGGCCGAGGCCGGGCAAAAUGGGCAGCCAGCCGCGUCGGGUGCCAAUGCAAGCUCGUCGUCUUCUCUAGCCAUCCCUCAUGGAUCAGACCACAAGGGCGACGUCAUAACAGGUGAUGAAGAAACCGAGUUCGUGGACGCGCACUCGGAACCAGACGAAGAAAUGCCAGUCGACGACAAGCAGGAGUUGAACCCUCGUGAACAGCAAAAGACCCGCCGGUCGAGUACGAAAUCGUUCGUCACAGCAUCCACCUCUCGAGAACGAAGCCCACACCACCCUAUACAAAGCGAGGGGCAGGAGCAGGCAAGUAGCUUACAAGUUCUUCCGGACCAGCAAGAAGCGGGGAGCAAGACAUUGGGCAAACGGCCAGCUUCUACGGCGGAGAGCAGCAAUGGUGUGCCUGGUUCUACCGUUGGAGAUCCCUCUGUAGAUGCGAACUCGACUUCGUCUUUGCUGCAGAAGGCUAACGUGAACAAGGUACAGCCCGACGCAGAUGCCAGCAGGCCAGCCAGGGGCAUUCUCGCCAAGGUCAAGAGACGGUCGCAGCAUUCCUCAUCCGAUAUCGGGACGCCGACUGACCAGACAGGGGACGCGAUGUCGCGCAGAAAGUCGCAGCUACGUAAUCUUGUCAAGUUCGAUAUCCCAGAAGACUCGAAGCGAGCAGAGCUCCACCUGAAAGCGAAGGCUGCACAGAUGAGCAUUCAGCGCGCUUCGACGAGGCUUCGACGACAUGGAAUAAAGGAUGGAGUCAUCGUGAAGAUGGAGCGAAUGCUAGUGCGCGUCGAUGCUGCAGGCAAAGAAGUUCCAGACGACUUCGACGAGAAUGGAAACCAGAAAAUUGACUCUCGAGUUAAAGACAAGUGGCGCGAGUAUAUGAUUGUCUGCAGGCAAUGCACAUCAGACCACGCCGACUUCGUCCUGCAGAUGUAUAAAACGAGGGUCAUCCCUGAGAUCGAACAGCCGCAGGCUAGCAAGCGUGCUCAGUACGAGAUUCCACUUGGCCGCAAGGUCACCAAAGUCAACCUCUACUCCUCUCUCGACAAAUCCGUCGUGGUCUGGAUGCCCGUGUCUCGCGGUACUCGGAUCUUCAUUAUGCAAGCCCGGACAGCCUCCAAUGCUGUCGAGUGGUACACUUUCUUGCGUAACGUUAUGGGUUGGCGUCGAGCAUCCGAGCUUCGGAUCAACGUCCCCGAUCUCAGUAUCAGUCUUCGCCUGGCUAAUCCAUUCGAGAAGCUUGAGGUCACCCAGAAUGCAGCACAGGAAGCUGAAGGGAUUGACAGUGAAGAAGCCAUUCUGAAAACUAUGAAGGAGGAACAAGCAGUCGCAGAAAAUCUAGUCAGACGUUGCCUUGACCAACUGCAAGACUCACCGGAAUGGGCUGAUGUGCUGGAUUCAUGGGUCAGGGACCAGCGAAUUGGGCUUGCCUGGAAACGGUACGACCGGCUUGAAUGGAUCCACGGGGCGAAUGAGCGCAAGAUGUAUGGGACAAUUGCCAUGCAGAAGUCACACGAACUCGAGUUGAGGCCAAAGUCGCAUUACCCUACAACGGCUAUAACGCGGAAGAAGCAUAAGACAUUGACCGAGCCGGUGCCAGUUGAGGGCUUCCUCAUACGCUUGACUUCUCAGCAGGGAAGGGCGAAACGGCUAGGGUUGAUGUACCACAAACAGCUUUAUUUCUCCACACACGACCAGUUCCUUGUGUAUUCACGGCCACCGAAAUCCAUACCUCCGCCACCGCCAAAGCUCCCAACAGUUGAUAAUCCCAGGAUCCCUACUGCACAAACGAUCGCUGAGAAGACCCCCGACACUUGGGCUGUCAACCCAUACCCACUGAAAGAUGAUCAGAUCGAAUGGCUGGCGGAGGGUCAUUCGGGUACUCCAGAGAGCAGACGACUUCAUGAUGAAAAUGCGCAUGACGAAGCCCAGCGUAAAGCGCAGAAUCUUCAGAGUUGUGACGGAUACAUCAAUUUGUGCAACAUAAUCAAAAUCCGCAAGGCCAAGAAAGGUGCGGUGCCUAUCGAUGACAGCAUCGAAACCGGGUCUGACGUCGACUUGGGCGAGGAGGUCGAUGGUGCGUCAAGAGAUGAUGGCGCAACGAGAGACUUUGACGUCGAUCGAACUAUGGAGCUUGUCCUCCGGAACGGGCUUGUCAUUCGGCUUCAAGCGGCAGAUCAAGAUCGCCGAAAGGAAUGGAUGAAUCAUCUGCGUGCCCUGUCCAAAUACUGGAAACAUCGGACUGCAGCUGACAUCAGUCUCUACAAAUCAACGCGGGCGCAGAAUCUUGCCGCCCUCAACAUCGACGAGGAAGCCGAAGCCUACGUCGGUCAAUUCGCCAAGAAAUGGGAGGUGACACAUUCUUUUGCGUGUCCUCAAUUGUACAAUAUCUGUGGCAUCUCGUGUUGUCGCAGUAUCCACAUGAGUGGAAUGUUGUACCGCAAGCCCAGGAUACACGCUGCGUUCACUAGAUGCAGUGUGAUUUUAGCAGCUGGAACUUUGCUCAUUUUCCAAGAUGUAUUAAGGAGUAGAACUGGCAAAGAGCUUUCUCACGUCCACCAUGAACGCCUUGCGAACCUCGAUCUCAAGGACUGCUACAUCUACUCUGGCCUCCUAACUGAAUCUGAUCUUCUCUAUCAAAACCAAACUUUUGACGCGAACAAACCCGGACACCACGCACUCCCUCGCAUAUACCUUGAAGACGGGUGGACUUCGACGGACGAAGACGUCAUGACUACUUUUGUGGUCUGGUACGGGAAAUCAAAGUCCUGGUUCCGAGCGGAAGAGGGUGCAGGCGGUGGCGAGAAACAGGCUAAAGAGGGUAAACGUAGGAAGCUAAAGCGAGUCGCGAAGCUAGGCUCGAAGGGGAGGAGUGUGGUUUUCAGAGCUAGGAGCAGAGCGGAACGUGAUCAUUGGGUUCUGGCUAUUCAGAAUGAAAUCGAAAGGGUACAGAGGGAUGGCGGAGCAGAUUUUAGGAUUGAAGAGUUUGGGGGGAGAGAAGGUUAGGGCUCUAAGUAGACACGAGGAUGAGUUGGUGUAAAUGGUGUUUUGGGAGAUAGUUUCGAGUUUGGAUUGGUUUGGAUUGGUUUAUUGGGUUGGAUUGGAUUGGAUUAGUGGGUGCGGUUGGAUUGUAAAGACAUGGAUAUACAUAUUGU